AUGCAGAAAACUGAACAUCGAGUUACAUUGACAGUGACUUUUAUUGUCACAAUGUUCACCCUUACAAAUGGUCCUUCAGCGCUGAUGCACCUUAUUAGGACUACGUACAGUCUUCAACAACAGGAUUUAUAUGAUCUCACAAUGAUUUGCAGUACACUAGUGAUCUGUGGAAAAGCGUCAAACUUUAUCUUAUUCUGUCUUGGAUCACGCCACUUCCGAUUGAGGCUGAUAAGGCUUACGCAACGAAAAGUGCAUAGAAAGAUUGGUCAGUAA